GAAGCGGAAGUGGUUCGGACGGAGUUUGACAGCAGCUCCGUCUCUGCUCCGACGGUGUGGAUUCUUUUAAACCGAAAGGUGACCCCAGAUUUCCAGGAUGGCUCAGGAAAACAUCUUCCUCUUCGUCCCCAACCUGAUCGGCUACGCCCGCGUGGUCCUGGCCCUGCUGUCCUUCUACCUGAUGCCCUGCUGUCCGUGGCCGGCCGUCUUCUGCUACCUGCUCAGCGCCCUGCUGGACGCCUUCGACGGCCACGCCGCCCGGGCGCUCAACCAGUCCACCAAGUUCGGAGCCAUGAUGGACAUGCUGACGGACCGCUGCGCCACCAUGUGUCUGCUGGUGAACCUGUCGCUGCUCUACCCCUCCUACACCUUCCUGUUCCAGCUCAGCAUGUGUCUGGACAUCGCCAGCCACUGGCUGCACCUGCACAGCUCCACCAUCAAGGGCUCCAGCAGUCACAAGAGCAUCGACCUGUCGGGGAACCCCGUCCUCCGGAUCUACUACACGUCCAAGCCGGUGCUGUUCCUGAUGUGUGCCGGGAACGAGCUUUUCUUCUGCCUGCUGUACCUGCUGCACCACAUCCCCGAGCCCGCCGGCUGGCUGUACUGGCUGCAGGGACUCUGCGGGAUCAUCUGUCUGCUGAAGUCCAGCAUCAGCGCCGUGCACUUGGUCACCGCCUCCCAGAACAUGGCGGCCAUGGACGCCGCCGAGCGGGACGCCUCGGCCAAGAAGGAGUGAGAGCCGGGACGGCGGUGGCCCGGUGGCGGCCCGGCUGAGGCUCGGUGGAGGCCGGGACGGCGCCGGCCACGACGGCAGCAGCGUUUGUGUGUGUGUGUUCUCUGGAGGGCAGUGGACGACCGUCGACCAAGACUAAAAUACGGUUUCUGACCAAAUAUGGAAACUUAGGAAAAUUCCAACAGCGACGUGUUAGUUUAAAAGGACCGGGUCGGACCUGGUCUGGUCUCCGAGCUGGUUCGGACCCGGUUUCAGGACCAGGACCAGGACCAGGACCAGAACCGGGGCCGGGGCUGCUGCUGUGACGGACAUCGUCUCUUCUUGUGGUUCCGUUGACGCUCCGACGCAGCAGCAGCCUCGUCUCCACCUUCUCUCCUGCAGAGGAAACGUACGGUGGCCGAGACCCGCCAUUGCUGCAAAUAAAAGUAACGCUGCAAAUAAAAAUAAACGCUGCAAAUAAAAGAAACGCCGCUGCAAAUAAAACGACGCAAAUAAAAAAGCCACAACGGAAGUGAAUUACCGGGGACUAUUUUUGCUGAUGCACCGGUGUUUUUUUACGUGAGAGAAGUCCCUGAACACCACACACAGCUUCAACUUCACAUUCAUACAAAUAACUAUUGUUACCCACGCUUUAGAUUAUUUUGGCAUUAUUAUUAAUGAUAAAAACAACAAAAACAACAACACCUCUCAUAAAAACACCGGUGCAUCGGCAAAAACAGUCCCCGGUAAUUCACUUCCGUUGUGGCUUUUUUAUUUGCAUUGCAUUUAUUUUUUAUUUUAUUCGCAGCGGGGUUUCUUUAUAUUUUCAGCGUUUCUUUUAUUUGCAGCGGUGUUUGUUUCUGUUUGCAGCGUUACUUUUAUUCAGCAAUGGCGGGUCUCAGCCACCGUAGAAACAGGACACGUCACCAAAACGGCGUUAAAAACGUCCAAAAAUAAAAGAUUCCUUAAAGCCUCUCAGAGUCGCAGUGCCACUCCUGACCACACGGGGCGCUGCUGUCGUUGGCGGAGCGGAUCGCCCCCGUGUGGUCAGACCUGGUACUUCUACAGGGAUUUCAGUAUAAAACCAGUCGCACAAAACAAACUUCCUCUUUACUUAAACUAUAGGAAUUCCUUCAUGAGUCAAACUGUCGCACGAAACACCUGAUCGAGCAGUUUUAAUGACAUUGUGACCGGAUUUACAUCAGGUACGUUUUCUUUGUUAUUUUUUUCCUAAAACUAAAUUACAAUCAAAACGGAACUUUGCUAGAACGGGGACAAUAAACCAGAAUACUGUAUUUAGAAGUAAAAUGUGCAGUCACUCCUUAGAAGUGUAGCGGCGACACUGCAGCAGCGUUGCCACGGCAACGGCAGCGUUGCCACGGGAACGGCAGCGGCGUUGCCACACGGCAGCGGCGCAGCAGCGUUGCAAAGGCGGCGGCGUUGCCACGGCAGGGUUGCCACGGCAGGGUUGCCACGGCAGGGUUGCCACAGCAACGGCAGCGGCAACGGCAGCGGCAACGGCGCGGCAGCGGCAACGGCGCAGCAGCGUUGCAACGGCAGCGGCGUUGCCACAGCAACGGCAGCGGCGCAGCAGCGUUGCAAAGGCGGCGGCGUUGCCACGGCAGGGUUGCCACGGCAGGGUUGCCACAGCAACGGCAGCGGCAACGGCGCAGCAGCGUUGCCACGGCAGCGUUGCCACGGCAGCGUUGCCACGGCAGCGUUGCCGUGGCAGCGGCGUUGCCGUGGCAGCGGCGUUGCCACGGCAGCAGCGUUGCCACGGCAGCGUUGCCACGGCAGCGUGGCCACGGCAGCGUGGCGACGGCAGCGGCGACGGCAGCGGCGUUGCCACAGCAGCGAUACCACGGCAGCGGCGUUGCCACAGUAGCGUUGCAGCGGCAGCGUUGCCGCAGCAACGGCAGCGGCGAUGCCACAGCGGCAGAGUUGCCGCUGCAACGGCAGCGUUGCCACAUUAACGGCAGCGGCGUUGCCACGGCAGCGGCGUUGCCACGGCGGCGGCAGCGGUGAUGCUACGGCAGCUAAUCUCACAGUAAACCAUCAGCUUCAUCAGCUGUUGGUCCUUUCACACAUCGGCUCCUCGUUUCCCUGAAAACACAAAAGUUUUAAUGAUCCACGGACGCGGCGUCUUUCCUCCGCUUCACCAGAAUCCGUGACGCCAUUGCAGAAAUCACGACCUCUCUUCCCGCUCUGGGCCGCUCGUCCUCGGCCGGAGGAGAGCGUUUCCAUUCCUGGUUUUUAAUCCACCGAGGUGAAAAUGUCCCGCCGGGGUCGACGAGGAAAGAUAGAGACAAGUGGAGGACAUUUAUUUAAAUCCUUAUUUAAUCUGCUGGCAGCGCUUUGGUGUUUAAGUAUUCCUCUUUUGUGUUUCCAUCCGAGCCACUGGUGUGUUUUUAUCUGAUUUCUGUGGGAGAUUCCUGCUCGUAUUUUUGUUUCUUCUGUAAAAGCUGACGUGUUGUUGGUGCGUUUGGUUAAAAACGUGUUUUUCUGGGACACGAGUGCAGAAUCACGCAGAUCAUAGGAAGUUUAGUCUGUGAUGGAGCUUGUUUCCUAGAAUGUAUUAAACUGAAGUUUAUUUGUACGUCAACUUAAAAAAGCCAAGUUUUAAAGUUAUAUUGAAUAUAAUGUAGUAAUUUAAGUAUGUGAAGUAUAUUUUUUAUUUGCUCUGUUCAAACGUGUGACGGCAGCAUCGACAAUAAAGAGACUAUGAAAACAA